GUACAAUAAGUCGACCUGUAGUCACUGUGGUUCUCAGGGGUCGCUGAAUGUCGCUCAGAGUGAUCCCUCCUCGUUGGUUUCCUCUCUGUGUCUCGACGUGGCGCCGCCAUGUUGUUUUGCUUCGUUGUCAGCAGAGAGCAGCAGCUGAGAGGAGCCUUAACCUGACGUGCGUCUGACCCCUCCCGUUUUCCUGCGUUGCCAUGUCGACCUUCCCAGAGUACAUCACUCAGAACGAGGAGCGUGACGGCGUACGGUUCAGCUGGAACGUCUGGCCUUCCAGCCGGCUGGAGGCUACUCGGAUGGUGGUCCCGGUGUCGACUCUGUUCACCCCCCUGAGGGAACGCCUCGACCUACCGCCGAUCCAGUACGAGCCGGUCCUCUGUAGCCGGGCCACCUGCCGCGCAGUACUCAAUCCGCUGUGUCAGGUGGACUACAGAGCCAAACUCUGGGCCUGUAACUUCUGCUACCAGAGGAACCAGUUCCCCCCGUCUUAUGCCGGAAUAUCUGAAUCGAACCAACCAGCGGAGCUACUGCCUCAGUUCUCCACCAUCGAGUAUGUGGUCCAGCGGGGUCCUCAGAUGCCACUUGUCUUCCUGUACGUGGUGGACACCUGCAUGGAGGACGAGGAUCUUCAGGCUCUCAGGGAGUCUCUACAAAUGUCCCUGUCACUGCUUCCUCCCACUGCGCUGGUCGGGCUCAUUACCUUCGGCCGCAUGGUUCAGGUCCACGAACUGGGCUGUGAGGGGAUCUCCAAGAGCUAUGUCUUCAGGGGGACCAAGGACCUGAGCGCCAAGCAGCUGCAGGAGAUGCUCGGUCUGACCAAACCUUCAGCCACUCAGGGACGAGGACCUCAACCGGUCCAACAGCCUCUGUCCAACAGGUUCCUGCAGCCGGUGCAGAAGAUCGACAUGAACCUGACCGACCUGUUGGGGGAGCUGCAGCGGGACCCCUGGCCUGUCACGCAGGGAAAGAGGCCGCUGCGCUCGCUGGGCGUCGCCAUGUCCAUCGCCGUGGGCCUGCUGGAGUGCACUUUCCCCAACACGGGCGCCCGGAUCAUGACGUUCGUGGGGGGCCCGGCGACGCAGGGUCCCGGCAUGGUGGUUGGAGACGAGCUGAAGACCCCCAUCAGGUCAUGGCACGACCUUGAGAAGGACAACGCCAAGUUCAUGAAGAAAGCCACCAAACACUAUGAGUCUCUAGCUAACAGAGCCUCCACUAACGGCCACAUCAUCGAUGUCUACGCCUGCGCCCUCGACCAGACCGGCCUGCUGGAGAUGAAGUGCUGCGCCAACUACACAGGAGGCUACAUGGUGAUGGCCGACUCCUUCAACACGUCUCUCUUCAAACAGACCUUUCAGAGGGUUUUCACCAAAGACGUCCAGGGGUCCUUCAAAAUGGCCUUCGCCGCCACGCUGGAGGUCAAGACAUCCAGAGAGAUCAAAGUAUCUGGAGCGAUCGGUCCAUGUGUCUCUCUGAGUGCUAAAGGACCUUGUGUCUCUGAGAACGAGAUAGGAACAGGCGGAACAUGUCAGUGGAAGAUCUGCGGUCUGGAUCCGAGCACCACGCUGGCUCUGUACUUCGAGGUGGUCAACCAGCACAACGCUCCGAUUCCUCAGGGAGGCCGGGGGGCGAUCCAGUUUGUGACCCAGUACCAACACUCGUCAGGACAGAGACGCAUCCGGGUCACCACCACAGCCCGGAACUGGGCGGAUGCUCAGACGCAGAUCCAGAGCAUCGCUGCAUCCUUUGACCAGGAGGCUGCGGCCAUCUUGAUGGCGAGGUUGUCUGUGUACCGAGCGGAGACGGAGGAGGGUCCUGAUGUUCUCCGGUGGCUGGACAGACAGCUGAUCAGACUGUGUCAGAAGUUUGGAGAUUACCACAAAGAUGAUCCAAACUCCUUCAGGUUCUCUGAGACCUUCUCCCUCUACCCUCAGUUCAUGUUCCACCUGCGCCGCUCUCCAUUCCUUCAGGUGUUCAACAACAGUCCGGAUGAGAGUUCAUACUACCGACAUCAGUUCAACAGACAGGACCUGACUCAGGCCCUCAUCAUGGUCCAACCUGUGCUCUACGCCUACUCCUUCAGCGGACCCCCCGAGCCGGUUCUGUUGGACAGCAGCAGCAUCCUGCCGGACCGGAUCCUGCUGAUGGACACCUUCUUCCAGAUCCUCAUCUACCAUGGAGAGACUGUAGCUCAGUGGAGGAAGGCUGGUUACCAGGAGAUGUCUGAGUAUGAGAACUUCCGACACCUCCUUCAGGCCCCGGUGGAUGAUGCUCAGGAGCUGCUCCACACUCGCUUCCCGAUGCCCAGAUACAUCGACACGGAGCACGGAGGCAGCCAGGCUCGCUUCCUGCUCUCCAAAGUGAACCCGUCCCAGACGCACAACAACAUGUACGCCUGGGGACAGGAGUCUGGAGCUCCCAUCCUGACUGAUGAUGUCAGCCUGCAGGUGUUCAUGGACCACCUGAAAAAACUGGCCGUCUCCAGCGCCGCCUGACCCAAUAAGAAACAAGCGUCGCUCGACGUCCUCCUACUCUCAGCCAAUCGGCAGCGGGCUCAGAACAACAACAAAAACAAACACAAUGUUCCUGAAGUUUCUCACAAUAAAAACAGCAGUGAUUUUUAUACUUUUACUGUAAAGGAGCAACAGGAAGUGAGAUUUACUGCAGGCUAAUCAAUAUGUUCCUUUAGUUUGUGAUUAUGUACGACAAGAGCUGCCUGUGGAAAGAGAGCAUUAUAAACAAUAUUAUUCUAUCACAGCAGAUACUUCUGUUUACCAAGAUAAAAUCUUAAUACUUCUGUUAAGCAGAUGUGAAUCGGUUUUGUCAGAAAACAAAAUAUUUAUUUUGAUUCAGUGUCCAAGUCAUCAGUAUCAACAUAACUUCUCUUAUGUCUGCCUCAAAGUGACUGAAGUUAUGAUGACUUGUCGCUGUAUUGAUCAUCUGAUACUUUGUGUUCUGUUGAUUCUCAUUUCUAUUAAAACUGAAGAGAAGUU